AAAAAACGAAAGUACAAAAAUUUCACGCCUACAACACAAAUUUAUCCUUAUAUUUUUGUAUAUAAAUCGGGCACAAACAUUCACAAAUAUCAUUUGAUAGAAAUCGUAUCAAAUACUCAGUAAAAAUGUUUAAAUUCUUUGCUCUCGUCUUCGCCGCCGUCUUGGCCGUCGUAUCAGCUGGUCCAAAACCAGGAGUAGUAGCCGCUGCCUACACCGCUCCAGUUGUAGCUGCCGCUCCAGCUGUGGCCUACUCUGCUCCCCUUGCUUACUCUGGUUACUCAUCCGGAUAUGUAGCUCCAGCCAUCUCCGCCUACCAUGCUUCCCCAUUGGCUUAUUCUGCUUACUCUGGAUACGCUGCUCCAGUUGCCGCAACUUACUAUUAAUAACUUGCUAUGAUAUUUGACAAUUAAUAAAUUUAAAUGUAAACCA